AUGAUCUUUCAAUUUCUUUUGCAUAUAUUUGGCUCAGUUUUAAGUGAUCUUCAAGGUGGAGUUACAAUGAAAAUAGAAUCCAAAAAAUCAAAGUCAUGGCCAAAAUUAGCCGUGAAGAAUUGGCUUAGUACAAAGAACAGUUCUGAAAAGUUUAACUCAGAAUACUCUGUUAAAGGCACUUCUACAGAAACAAGAAAGAGUUGUUCAGACCAAGAUAGUUACAUCCUCGUACCAGAUAAUUUCUCUGAAGGGUGGUUGAAGCAUUCUACAAAUGGCAUGAAACGUUCGGUGCUUGGGGAGAAAAAACCUCCAUCCAUCAUCACAAAUACUCUCAACCUUAGGAUGUUUGUGGGGACGUGGAAUGUUGGGGGAAAGUCACCAAACAAAGGAUUGGACUUAAGGAAUUGGCUUACGUCUACUUCGCCAGCUGACAUAUAUGUUAUUGGGUUCCAAGAAAUUGUACCACUAAAUGCUGGGAACGUGCUUGGGUCAGAAAACAGUGGCCCAGCAACAAAGUGGCUGGCCUUUAUUCAUCAAGCCCUAAACACUACCAACAAUGAAAGCCCAAAUCAAAACCAACGCUUUAGCUUAGUAGCAAGCAAGCAAAUGGUUGGUAUUUUCUUGUGUGUGUGGGUACGUGCCGAUUUUCGCAACCAUGUUAGUCAACUAAAAGUGUCGCGCGUUGGCACCGGCAUCAUGGGCUAUCUCGGAAAUAAGGGUUCAAUAUCGAUUAGCAUGCGAUUAUUUCAAACCACGUUUUGCUUCGUUUGCACUCACUUGGCUUCUGGAGAGAAAUGUGGUGACGAAUUGCGAAGAAAUUUGGACAUCUCUGAAAUCUUGAAGAGAACUAAAUUUUGUCACUCGUAUAAAUCAAUUGGUCAUUCAGUUCCUCCCGAAAGCAUACUAGAACACGAUAACAUUAUUUGGUUGGGCGAUUUAAAUUAUCGACUUGCGGCUGGUUACGACGACAUACACGAGCUACUAAAAGAGAAUAAUUUAAAGGCGUUACUCGAGAAGGAUCAACUAAGGAUGGAACAGAAAGCUGGAAGAAUAUUUGAUGGUUGGAAUGAAGGAAGCAUAUGCUUUGCACCUACUUACAAAUAUUUGACCAAUUCAGAUCAAUAUGUUGCACAAACCUGUAAAUCCAAGGAAAAACGACGCACCCCUGCUUGGUGUGAUAGAAUUCUAUGGAAAGGAGAAGGAUUAAAUCAGAAAAUGUAUGUUAGAGGAGAAUCAAAAUUCUCUGACCAUAGACCAGUGUAUUCACUAUUCACAGCACAGGUUGAAAUGACAAACAAGAAUCUAACACGUUCUGUUUCUACUACCAAUGUCUCAAGAUCACCAUGUCCCUUAAAACCAUUCACAAAUUCUUCUUCAUUGUCAUCUACAUGUUGUGCUGCAGCAAAAGUACAAGCAGAAGAACAACUCAUGUUACUUGCAACAAGGACACAAAGUUGCAUAGAUUCUGUUUCAAGAUUCUUGUAGUAGUGCAGUUUUCAAGUGUGAUUGGAUGGUUACAAGUUACAACAUUGGAGACAGGGUUUAUAGAAGAAUAUAUAUGAAUAAAGAAAAUAUAGUAGUGAUUUUUUAUGCAGCUUUUUUGGGCAUAAUUGAUUAUUUUUAUCAAGAGAUGUUGAUGUUGAUCAAUGUGGGAACAUAAUGCUACAGUUCUGGCAAUUUUUGAGCUGUCAAAAAGCAUGCCACACUUCACAACAGGUUUUGAGGUUUACAAAUAGUACUAUGCUGAUUUUUAAUGUUUGUAAAAAAAAAAAAAAAAUAGUAGUAACUGCAAGAAUUUUUAUAAAUUAUUGUACUAUAAUAGAUGUUUAUUUCUUAUAUCCAAUUUGUAUUGGUAUCAACUUGUAUAGAUAUAUGUUUAUUACUACUAUAA